AUGCAGCAUCCAAGCGACCAGCCCACCUAUAUGCCAGAGGUGCCCUUUCAGCCACUGUGGGGCCAGGAUGCACCACCGCCACCGCCCAUAGUUCCCUAUCAGGACCUUAUAGCAGGAUUUCCUUGCCCCGAUUUGUCGCUCUGGCAACGAUCUCAGGUGACCCCGCUCGUCAAUCAACGUUCCAGUACCAAUGGCCGCUCCCAUGGCACCCCCACGUCUAGUUCGAAGAAAACGCGACGCCGUGUUGCUUCCAUGACCCAGAGACGAGCUGCUAAUAUACGCGAACGCCGUCGUAUGUUUAACUUAAACGAAGCCUUUGACAAGCUGCGACCGAAGGUACCCACCUUUGCCUAUGAGAAACGGCUUUCACGCAUAGAGACCCUGCGCCUGGCCAUCACCUACAUAGGUUUCAUGUCGGAGCUGUUGAACGGGACGCCCUCCAACAGCCAGAAGAGUCGCUCGCACAUGUACGGCGGCAUGAAUGGAAAUCAUCAUUCGACUACUGUGCCACCAGGUCCUCCAAUGCAUCCCCAUCAUAUGCAUCCGACAGCCUAUCAGCGUGAUUUUGCCUCGGCUUACACUCACAGCUUGCCAUAA